AGUCGCGUAGGUAGAGAACGAGACGGGGAUGUUCUGCAGGUGUGCUGCACUGGCACGCGCCCCGGCUGGAGUGUGCUGUCGGAAACGCCACUGGCACCUCUUGUUGGACCAAGGCUUAGUUCACACAAAGUUUGUUGCUCCGCUGCUUUUUUUUUUUCGCCCGGAAGGACGAGGAUUUAAUCUGGCUAACUGCUCUGAUUCAGAGCCAAAGCAGGAGCAGCGUGACCAGGCCCCACCUACCCAGCCAGCUCCGCCCCUCCAGGGCUCCCAGCCAUUCGACGGGGAGCAGUUUCCAGCAGCCGCCGGUCACAGCACACCCGCAAAAAAGGACCAGAGCGAACAAAGAGAGGCAGAAGGAACCCCAGCCUCCAAGCUUGACUACCAGAUAGACGACGACAAGACAUCUCAAAGAUCCUCAUCCAGCAAGCUGUCCAAGUCUCCCUUGAAGACCCCCAAGAAGUCCAAAAACAUGCAGUGCAAAGUCACCCUUCUGGAUGGGUCUGACUACACCUGUGUGGUGGAGAAACGGGCCAAGGGCCAGUUGUUGUUUGACAAAGUGUGUGAUCAUCUCAACCUUCUGGAAAAAGACUAUUUUGGCAUCACAUUCCGUGAUAUGGAAAAUCAGAAGAAUUGGUUGGACCCUGCCAAGGAGCUGAAGAAGCAGAUAAGAAGUGGAGCCUGGAAUUUCGCCUUCAAUGUGAAAUUUUACCCACCAGAUCCUGCCCAGUUAUCCGAGGAUAUUACACGGUACUACCUGUGCCUGCAGCUGCGGGACGAUGUAGUGUCAGGUCGACUGCCCUGCUCCUUCGCUACGCACACUGUCCUGGGCUCCUACACGGUGCAGUCUGAGCUGGGGGACUAUGACCCAGAGGAGCUUGGCACGGACUAUGUCAGCGAGUUCCGCUUCGCCCCCAACCAGACCAAGGAGCUAGAGGAGAAAAUCAUGGACUUACAUAAAAACUACAAGGGAAUGACACCUGCUGAAGCUGAGAUGCACUUCCUAGAGAAUGCCAAGAAGCUGUCCAUGUAUGGAGUGGACCUCCACCAUGCCAAGGAUUCAGAGGGAGUGGAGAUCAUGCUGGGAGUCUGCGCCAGCGGCCUACUCAUCUACCGUGACAGGCUGCGCAUUAAUAGGUUCGCCUGGCCGAAGGUCCUCAAGAUAUCCUACAAACGGAACAACUUCUACAUCAAAAUAAGACCAGGCGAGUUUGAGCAGUUUGAAAGCACUAUUGGAUUCAAGCUCCCCAACCACAGAGCAGCCAAGAGGCUCUGGAAGGUCUGUGUAGAACACCACACCUUUUUCAGGCUGGUGUCCCCAGAGGCCCCCCCCAAGAAGUUCCUGACACUGGGCUCAAAGUUCCGCUACAGUGGACGUACCCAGGCGCAGACGCGACGGGCCAGUUCUCAGAUUGUCCGGCCAGCACCAUACUUUGAACGCUCUUCUAGCAAGCGCUACACCAUGUCCCGAAGCUUGGAUGGGGCUCCCAUGACUGAGAACCAGGAAAUACUCAUGAAGGAUUCCGUCUCCGCUUCAGAGGUGGGAACAGCGCAGUAUGGGACAGCCAAGGCCAUCGCCACCGGUGACCUCAUUACCACAGUAACGCCAGAGAAGAAGGCUGAGGAGGAGAAGGCUGAGGAGGAGGAGGAGAAGACUCAGGUCACAGAGCCUUCUGAGCCCCCCGUGGCCACGCCCAUCAGACCUGACACUAAGCCACCACCACGCACACUGCCCUUUGAUCCCUUGCGCUCCGAAAUGUCCCUGCCCUCCUCCCCCGUGUCAUCCAUGAAAGUCCGACGGAGGCACAGGGAGGGUGCCCGUAGGCGGGCUGCGUCUGUCAGCCCCUCGGAAAGCAAUGGGGGCCGCUGCCGGCGCCAGGCCCAGGCUGACCGCCAGGCUGCCCUGUUGGAGGAGCAGGCCCGGCUGCUGUCGGCGCGCAAGCAGCGGCUGGAUGGGAACAAGGGUGGCACCCUCUUCUCCUUUUCUCUGCACCUCCCUGACCUCUCAGCCUUUCUAGAUGACGACGGCUACCUGACCCUCCCCGACCUGUCUGAGCUGCGCUUCCUUCCCAAGAGCAUGCAGCACUUCAUUCCCAUCCGCUCACCUUCCCUCAUCCCUUGCUUCCUCUUCAUCUUCUUCUUCCUUCUAUCCACCUCCUUCUCUGUUCCCUAUGCCAUCACCCUCUCCUUUCCUCUGGCUUUGUGCCUCUGCUACCUGGAGCCCAAGGCAGCCUCCUUGGGUGCCUCACUUGCCCAGGGCCUGAAUGACAGUUCAGAGGAAGAGACCGACAGCGAGCAGACAGACUUUGCCUGCGAUGGGGAGACAACGGCCACUGAGUCGGACCAGGAGGAUGAGAUCUCUGAGAUAAAGACACAGUAUAGUUUCGUAAGACGAGUAAAAGGAGAAAAUGUAUUUGUCAAACACAGUAAUCUGAUGUUAGAGGAAACCGCAACCCCAGAUGAGCUGCUGAAACGGCAAACCAAUAUAAGCGAAUUAAAACGCUCGUUUCUGGAGACGGGCUCGGACACAGCCACGCUCACCGAGUGGGAGAAGAGGCUGUCCACGUCACCUGUGCGCUCGCCCAGGCUGGACGACGCCCCCAUGAUCGAGCCUCUUGUGCCCGAGGAUACCAAAGAAGACACAGUGGCAGUGGUGUUCGAUGCCACGGAAUUGAAGCCCAUCGUCUCAGAAAGUAAACCCCUGAAGUUCACCUCGCAGGAUGUGAGAAGGAUGGCCGACAGGUCCUCGACCAUCAAGAUCAUCCCUGUGACGGACGAGUAUGAGUCACCGGGGCCCACGGCAGAGGCCAGGAAGAGCACCUUGAUCGCCAUCAAGGAGGCAGAGACGCCAUCCCCCUCUGAAGCCCCGCUGGGUGGUUUCAGAAAUGUGGUAAUUGUGAGGUCCACUGAGGAGAUGGGUGAGGUCAGAAGGCUGGAAGCAAGACUGCUGCAGAAGGACGAGGCUCAAAGAGAGGGUCCGGGGGAGCUGCAGCCCAGCAUUACCACGGCUCACUAUGUCGCCAAGAAGUCGCCCACGUUCAGACCGGUGCCUAAGCCGACCUUUGAUGAGAUGUCGCCGCAGCUAACCGCUCUUUUAGCAUCUGCGAGAGGUCAGACCAGCUCAGUGGGAUGGACCACCACGACUUCACAUAGUCAGACCAUUUUUAAGUCCACGGAGGAGGCAGAGGGGAAGGCGUCAGAGACUCUAGAAGCCCAGCAGCAGGCGGGAAUGACAUCUGUGUCACAGUCCCCGGUGCUGAAAACAGAGCCUGUGAGUUUCAGCAGCACAACACAAGAGGACAAGGAGGAGUUUACCACGAAGGAGGUGCCAGUUGUCCACACAGAGACCAAGACCAUCACCUAUGAAUCUUCAGUGGGCGAUGGCAGCGGUGAUUCUGACCCCGGAAUUCUGAUGAGUGCCCAGACCAUCACUUCUGAAACGACAAGCACCACCACCACCACACACAUCACAAAGACUGUGAAAGGAGGCAUCUCUGAAACGAGGAUUGAGAAACGAAUCGUCAUCACUGGGGACGCAGACAUCGACCACGAUCAGGCGCUGGCUCAGGCCAUUAAGGAAGCCAAAGAGCAGCACCCUGACAUGUCAGUGACCAAAGUAGUGGUACAUAAAGAGACAGAGAUCACGCCCGAGGAGGGGGACGAGUAAAGCAGGACUGAGGCCUGUGCUUCAGAUACUCUCCUUCACUACUUAAAGAAUAAAGAACACCCAAGAGGAGUUUACUUUGACUUCGGCGCCAACACGCAUUAACGGAUAUUUUACUGCAUUGAAUCACUAUAGGACUAAUCAACUUCCCACUCUAAUCGCCCUUAAGAACACCGGCUUAUGUGUUUCCAGAUCACGCUGAUCCAUCAAUGGGAAAAUGCAUAUUGCAUGACAAAGAAGCAAUGGUGCAUUUUUUUUUAAAGAAAAUAAAUUGUAGAAGGAAAAAAAUAAUAUAACUGGUUCCUAUUUCACAUGCACGUUUGAACAAUAGGCAGACAUACUGAAGGGGAAAACAACUUUUUAUUCACUGCCUUAUGAAGUAAUGAGUUAAAAAUAUAAUUUAUGUAGCUUCAUUUUAUUUAUGUGACAACCUUUCACUCCAAAAUUAAUAUAGGCUUUAUGAAUAUGAGCGCACAAUAUUUAACCAUUCAAUAGAUGUGCCAACCAUAUUGCCAAGAUCCUGUUUCCUCCCUCCAUUGUUUCAUUUACUUUAAUCCUGUUGCCUGCCAAACAAAAAAUGUAAACCUUGAAGUUUAAAAGGUCUGAAUAUAACACAUAUGUACAUUUUGCUUCUUAGGCAAGUCAAAUAUUCAACCACAAUUCUGUCUUGUUUUUUACCAAUUUAUUUUCCUUCUUAAUUGUUCUAACAAUUUUCCACUAAAUUAUCUCAGAUUGAUGGAGAAAGCUUAUCGUUCACUCAUUACUGUUCGCCAAUAAAAGAAACUGACGCUGUUGCUUAAGGAGCUGUGAUGUAGCUGUUGUCCCAAGGUGGGGACAUGCAAAUCUCCAGAGCCUCCCCCACCCCCCCACUCCACUCAGUCUGCCGGGCACGGCUGAGCCUUAAAUCGUACAGGGGAGACUGUUUGGUCUGACACCAGGUGUGUGAAUGUGUGCUCUGUCCCACUGUUAGCUGGCAAAUAGCAUCCAUGUCAAAUGUGUUUCCACAUUAGUGAAAUAAAAGUGGCAAAUGCAUUUUGUGAUUUAUUUUGUCUUUUCUUUUUAAUAAAACUAUAUUGAUGAAACCAUCAGUCAUUCUGUAUUGUGUGGCAA